CCAUGACGCCGGAAGGCCGCCUGAUUGGUCCGCAUAAUCCACUUUCCGUGGCUUUUCUCUCUCGCUCAAGACCUUCGGGCACUUUCUCUAAGCGAGCACUCUUUGUCGGUGACUGGAGCUGCUAGCUAGCCCACAAGGAACUGGCUGAGCGAGGCGAGACACCAUGACAACCUUGGAUGAUAAGUUGCUGGGGGAGAAACUACAGUACUACUACAGCACCAGCGAGGAUGAGGACAGUGACCAUGAAGACAAAGACAGAGACAGGGGAGCCCCAGCCAGCAGUUCCAUGCCUGCGGAGGCUGAGCUGGCAGGUGAAGGCAUUUCAAUCAAUACAGGUCCAAAAGGUGUGAUCAAUGACUGGCGCCGCUUCAAGCAGUUGGAGACAGAGCAGAGGGAGGAACAGUGCCGGGAGAUGGAGCGGCUGAUCAAAAAGCUGUCUGUGACCUGCAGGUCCCAUCUGGACGAUGAAGAGGAGCAACAGAGACAGAAAGACCUCCAGGAGAAAAUCAGUGGGAAGAUGACUCUGAAGGAGCUGAGUACAGUGGACAAGAACUUGGAUGAUGAAGAGUUUCUGCAGCAGUAUCGGAAGCAGAGGAUGGAAGAGAUGCGGCAGCAGUUUCAUAAAGGGCCCCAAUUCAAGCAAGUUUUUGAGAUCUCCAGCGGAGAAGGGUUUUUAGACAUGGUCGAUAAAGAACAGAAAAGCACCCUUAUCAUGGUUCAUAUUUAUGAAGAUGGAGUCCCUGGGACCGAAGCCAUGAAUGGCUGCAUGAUCUGCCUUGCCACAGAGUACCCAGCUGUCAAAUUCUGCCGAGUGAGGAGCUCAGUUAUUGGGGCCAGCAGUCAUUUUACCCGGAAUGCCCUUCCUGCUCUGCUCAUCUACAAGGCGGGUGAAUUGAUUGGCAAUUUUGUUCGUGUCACUGACCAGCUGGGGGAAGAUUUCUUUGCUGUAGACCUUGAAGCUUUCCUACAGGAAUUUGGAUUACUCCCAGAAAAGGAAGUCUUGGUGCUGACAUCUGUGCGAAACUCUGCCACCUGUCACAGUGAAGACAGCGAUCUGGAAAUAGAUUGAACUGAUAAUCUAGUUCCAUAGCUAUCUCAUUGUUUGGGCUGGAGGACACAUGUCUGUAUUUAUUUCUGUCCUUCCUGUGUAUUCUGGCUUUACAGCUGUUCUUUGUAGUCUCAUUUAGUAUGUGGAAAGUCAAGAAAUUCUUAGAUUAAAUCAGAAUGCUGACUCAUUUUGUGGCUAGCAGUAAAGUGACUUCAAAUUAUAUAAACAGGAAGCCAGGCUCUUGAGCUGUUUACUUCUCCAGCAUGACAUUUCUGAUAUUGUUUCUAGUCAAUAUUGACAUGCCACUCUUGAAGGCAAUGUCUUAAAAAUUAUCUUCUGAUGACCUCAGAGUUCUACCAGGUCUGAGAGUAGAAUUCCCUAGUGAAUGUAUGUUCUGUGCAACAUAAAUAGUGCAUUUCCAUAAUCACUUGAUUGCAAAUCAUGUUUACUUGCAAUCAGACUCAUGGCUGUACUUGUUUUCUCUGGAUGCUUCCCCACCAGGGUCUGACUUAAGAGGAUCCAUACAAGGUUGAGAAUGUAGCUCAGGGGUGAGUGCUUAGCUAGCAUGUACAUGGCCCCAAGAUAUCUGAUGCCCAGCACUGUCAAAACUAAACAAAGCGAAAGGUUCCAGAUGCCUGGUGCUGUCGUUAUCAGUGGCCUGCUGCGGGAGUCAGUGGUUCAGUCCACCGUGAUGAAGUAUGAACAGGAAAGAAUGGAUUUUGUAGACGGCUGGGCGGAAAGCAUCUCUUUGACUGACACUGGUAUAGAGCUUGAAAGCCUCAGGAGGACCUUCCUGUACUCCUGUUCAUCAGUGUCUAUUCCUCUCUUAUUUAACAAGGUAACGUCUUGUUUAACCUAGAUUUUUUUUUAAAAGCUUUUUUUUUUGCAUAUUAUGCAAAAAUUUUACUUAGUAGAGGAAAAUUGGCCAAAAAACAGAUGCACAGAUGGUUUAAAAAAUAUAAUUCUACCACCUAAACACUAUGUUUUGGCAUAUUUCAUAUUUAGGUGUUUUUGUGUAUUUGUAGGCUUUUGUUUUUAAAUGACAUUGGGAUCACACUGAGCUACAGUCUGAUCAGAAUUUUUUCAUAUUAUUACUCUUCUGUAACAUUUUAAAAGCUGUUGAUAUUCCAUUGGUAGAGAUACUGUAAUUUUCUUGGUGGCUGGUUUUUAGAAAGAUGGCAAACUUUUUUUUAUGAUAACACCUUUUAUUAUGAAACAUGUUCAUCAGAGAACAUAUGAUAAAAUUAAGCUAAAAAGAUAUUUAAAAGCCAUAAAAUUUUACUACUAAUAAUUCCUGUUACCAUUUUUAUAACUUUUUCUAGAUUUAUGUAUUUGUGUGUAUUUAUAAAAUUUGUCAUUGAAGGUUUUUUUUGUUUUUUUGUUUUUUUGUUUUUUUGUUUUUUCUGUUCUCUUUUGAUUGUUCCUUAAAUUGUAUGUCCUGCUAUCAGGGGAAAUGAAAUGUAACCUGGAAGUAAAUAUUAGCUUUAGUAUUCACACUUGAAAUCUUCGGUUGCUCAGAAACUAACUGAAAAGGAGUCUUGAAACUUGGAUUUAAUCAACAAGAGCAGUGUGUCAUUUUCUGACUAAGGAGCUCAUUGUAGAAGUAAAGAAAAUCAUUAUGAGCAGAGAUAACUGAUGUUAAUGUUCUAGUUUAUUUCCAUUUUUUAAAAAAAAUUUUAAUACAAUUGAUAGUUACUGAAUUCUGUGUUCUACCUUAUGCAAUAGUACGUACUAAAACACUUUGGUAUAAUGUAAAACUUCUGAAUAAGUCAGUGGCUUUAUAAUUCACCAUUUAAAUAAACCAUGCCAUGUUGACCCAG